AUGGCUUCUAAUGAAUAUAUCGAAAGAGGUGUAAUAAACUCUAUACCAUAUUCAGAACAAAGUACAACUUCUAGUUUAGCAUUCGGUGAUAUUCGAUAUCGAAAAUCAAAACACUCGCAUAAAGACUCUCAAGAAACGCUGGCAUAUGAUUCGUGGGAGAAAAACAUUAGAAGACCUUCCCACACAGUUCUUGGUGGUCUGCCUCUUCACGAUGUACGAAUAAUAGCAGGACUCGUGUUACUAGCAUUUAUCGUGCGUUUAUAUCGAAUAUCAGAGCCAACAUCGGUUGUAUUUGAUGAAGUACAUUUUGGUGGUUUCGCGAGUAAAUACAUUAAGGGAAGAUUUUUCAUGGAUGUGCACCCACCAUUAGCAAAAUUGCUGAUUACGCUUGCCGCCGUAAUUGGCGGUUUUGAUGGAAAUUUCGAUUUCAAGGAGAUCGGAAAAGAUUAUCUAGAGCCUAAAGUUCCGUAUGUUGCAAUGCGAUUAAUGCCUGGCAUACUCGGAAUAUUGGUUAUUCCGAUCUCAUAUUUGACGAUUAAAUUAGCGGGAUUUUCUACAAUAUCUGCAACAUUGGUUGCUGCUAUACUCAUUUUUGAAAAUGGAUUAGUUGCACAAAGCCGCCUUAUAUUAUUAGAUUCUCCUUUAAUAUUAUUUACCGCAUUCACCGUAUUGAUGUGGGUGAAUUUUCAUAACCAUUACCGAAGGCCAUUUUCCUUCUGGUGGUGGUUUUGGAUGGCGAUGACUGGAGUUGGUCUUGGGCUUACAGUAAGUGUAAAAUGGGUUGGUCUUUUUACCAUUGCGCUUAUUGGAUUCUCUACUAUUAAAGGUUUAUGGGAUUUACUAGGAGAUUUACAAAUUAGUCUCGAACUAUGGAUCAAACAUUUUUUAGCCCGUGCUCUAUGUCUGAUUCUGAUUCCGAUCGUCAUCUAUAUGUUGAUGUUUGCUAUUCAUUUUGCGAUUCUUAAGAAUAGUGGAGAUGGAGAUGGAUUUAUGAGUUCUGAAUUUCAGCAAACUAUUGGCGGCCACGGAAUCGAGGAUACACCUAUAGACGUUGCUUAUGGUUCGAAAGUCACGAUUAAACAUCUUAACACUCAAGGAGGAUAUUUGCAUUCUCAUAAUCAUUUUUAUCCUGGAGGAAGCAAACAGCAACAAAUAACUUUAUAUCCACACCAAGAUGAAAAUAAUGUUUGGAUAAUUACUAAUCGAACCAAACCGGAAACAUCAUUCGAAGAGCAAGAUCCAAUAUGGAUUGAAAAUGGUGCGAUAAUUAGAUUGGAACAUAUUGCUACAGAAAAAAGGUUACAUAGUCAUGAUGUUAGACCUCCUGUUACCGAGGUUGAUUACCAAAAUGAAGUCAGUGGCUAUGGCUUUCCUGGCUUCGACGGUGAUGAUAAUGAUUUAUGGCGUGUUGAAAUCUAUGAGCAUGAUAAAUCUGAUCCGAAAGCAGGGGAGCGCCUACGUACGCUUCAUACCAAAUUUCGGUUAGUUCAUGUAUUGUCUGGGUGUUACCUAUUUUCUCAUAGUGUUAAACUGCCCGAAUGGGGUUUUGAACAACAAGAGGUUAAUUAUCGAAAACCUGGAUUUUUUGGCAAAUUUUUUGAAUUACAACGUGUAAUGUGGACAACAAAUGCUGGUCUAACAGAUUCUCAUCCGUAUGAAUCACGUCCAUUUUCGUGGCUAUUGAUGAAACGUGGAAUCAGUUUUUGGGGUCAAGAUCAUCUCCAUAUUUAUUUAAUAGGAAAUCCGAUUGUUUGGUGGAGCUCAACUGCAGCAUUACUGGUCUUUGCUGUCAUCAAGAUCUUUUUAUUAUUGAGAGCUAAGCGAGGAUAUUUAGAUCAUUUAAAUGUUACCAAGGAAUUUUACGAAUCCCACGCCAAUUUCCUAUUUGUUGGCUGGUUCUUGCAUUGGGUCCCGUUCUUUCUCAUGUCCCGACAAUUAUUUCUUCACCACUAUUUUCCAGCUCUUUACUUUUCGAUCCUCCUCUUUGGAGUGUCAUUCGACUUAUUCACCAUCCCCUUAAGUACUCGAAAACGCGCUGCCGUGGCUUUAAUUUAUCUCGUGAUGGUACUUUACGUGUUUAGACUUUUCGCACCGUUAACUUAUGGACGGCCGUGGAUAAAAAAUGAUUGCAAGAAACUAAAAUGGAUAAGCACAUGGGAUUUCGAUUGUAAUCAAUUCUACGAUUCGUAUAAUCAGUUCAGCAUUGACGAAAGUUUGAAGGCACUCAAGAUUCCUCCCACCCAAGAAUCAUCGUCUUCGACGGUAUUAAAUUCUCCGGAGUCGAGCGAAAAAUCGGAAGUUGCUGAAACUCAUGCAUUGAAAAAAGAUGGGUUGGAGAAUUCUAAUGAUGCGUUGAUGGAUCAAACCACUUCAAAUGAAUUAAAAGUGGAAUAUGAUAGAGAGGUGGACAGUAAAGUGGAAAUAGAGGAUGGAAAAUCUAUUGAGCAACAUGAUCAUGAGAAUAAUGAUAAUGACCAUCAACCAACACGUACAUAA